UCAACGCGCAUCCCCUCUUUUUUUUCUUUCUUUCAGCGUGUUUUCGUAGAGUGAAGGUUAGUGUCAAAAUAAUCUGAAAAAUUAAUAAAAAUCCGCAAAAUUUGAUAAAUAAAAAUAUCAAUAAUCGAUGGCACCCAGGUAUGAAUUGGCCGUUGGCCUGAAUAGAGGUCACAAAACGACGAAAAUUCGCGUUGCCAAAAACAAAUCCGAGAAGAAGAAGACUGUUGCAAUUCGUCCAGCCAGACUAAAGGGGCGUCAAACAAAACACAGUAAAUUCGUUCGCGAUUUAAUUCGUGAAGUUACUGGACAUGCUCCUUAUGAAAAACGCGCAAUGGAAUUGUUAAAAGUUUCCAAGGAUAAAAGAGCUCUUAAAUUCCUCAAGAGAAGGUUGGGAACUCACAUUCGUGCUAAAAGGAAGCGUGAAGAACUAGGAAACAUCCUUGUUCAAAUGAGAAAAGCUGCUGCUCAUCAUUAGCAGUUUUAUAUUUGUAAGAAAAUUCCUUUUUAAGUCAAUAAACAUCUGUGACAAAAUUUUCAA